AUGGGCUCCAAGUGGGGCUCCUGGCUGAGUCUGGGGGCUUUGGGCACUGAGGGCAGCCUGGGGGAGCUCCCUUGGAGGAGGUGGAGGGUCUCAUUUUGGCAGCGCUGUCUCUGUUUCAGACAGCAGGGACCCCCCCCGUGGGUGCUGCCCCCUGCCCCACACAUCGUGGGGGGCAGCUGUGGCCCCAAGUGGGGCAGCAGGGACCCCCCCGUGGGUGCUGCCCCCUGCCCCACACGUCCUGGGGGGCAGCUGGACCCCCCACUGCUCCCCACAGCCCCCCUGCACAGCACCUACCACGAGGACGGGCCCCCCUCGUACUACGACAACCAGGACUUCCCCUCGGCGCACUGGGACGACAAGAGCGUGCGCCAGGCCUUCAUCCGCAAGGUGUUCCUGGUGCUGACGCUGCAGCUGACCGUCACCUUCGCCUUCGUGACCGUCUUCACCUUCGUCAAAAGCGUGCGGGGCUUCGUGCAGCGCAACGUCUGGACGUACUACGUGUCCUACGCCGUCUUCUUCAUCUCCCUCAUCGUCCUCAGCUGCUGCGGAGACUUCCGCCGCAAGCACCCCUGGAACCUCGUCUCCCUGUCCAUCCUGACCGUCAGCCUGUCCUACAUGGUGGGGAUGAUCGCCAGCUUCUAUGACACCGAGGCCGUCAUCAUGGCUGUCGGCAUCACCGUCGUCGUCUGCUUCACCGUCGUCAUCUUCUCCCUGCAGACCAAGUACGACUUCACCUCGUGCCGGGGCGUGCUCGUCAUCUGCCUGGUGGUGCUGAUGCUCUUUGCCAUCCUCUGCAUCUUCAUCCGGAACCGCAUCAUGGAGAUCGUCUACGCCUCGCUGGGGGCCCUGCUCUUCACCUGCUUCCUGGCAGUGGACACGCAGCUGAUCCUGGGGAACAAGCAGCUGGCCCUGAGCCCUGAGGAGUACAUCUUCGCCGCGCUCAACCUCUACACCGACAUCAUCAACAUCUUCCUCUACAUCCUCGCCAUCAUCGGCAGGGCCAAGGAGUAACCCCGCCAGUUAGAGAUCCCCCAGCCCUGCUGGGGUGCCCCCCAUCCCAGUUAGGAUCCCCCCCAUCCCGGUUAGGGGAUCCCCCCAGCUCAUGGG